UUGUAUAAGAUUUGAUUAUAUUCGUAGUAACAGGCAAUAUUGGUAAGAUUUGAUCAACUCGCAAGCAAAAGAGAUGGCCCAAAAGGUGGAAGCAAGGGGUGGUGAGAUAGGGGAUGUAUGGGAUGAUGGUGCUUACGACGGUGUUAGAAAAGUAUACGUAGGGCAAGGUGAAGAUGGUAUCGCCUUCGUCAAGUUUGAGUAUGUCAAUGGUUCUCAAGUGGUUGUUGGAGAUGAACGAGGGAAGAAGACUUUGCUAGGAGCUGAGGAGUUUGAGGUUGAUGCGGAUGACUACAUCGUAUACGUGGAAGGUUAUCAUGAGAAAGUUUUUGGGGUCUCAACAAAAGAGAUCAUUUCAACUCUUACGUUCAAGACUUAUAAAGGCAAAACUUCUCCGCCGUUUGGAAUCGUCUCCGGGACCAAGUUUGUCCUCCAAGGUGGCAAAAUCGUUGGGUUUCACGGACGUUCCACUGAUGUUUUGCACUCACUUGGAGCCUAUAUUUCUUCGCCGUCCACUCCGAAAUUGCGUGGAAAGUGGAUAAAGGUGGAGCAAAAAGGAGAGGGUCCAGGGCCAAGAUGCUCACAUGACAUAGCACAAGUAGGAAACAAGAUUUACUCCUUUGGUGGUGAGCUGACACCAAAUCAGCCCAUCGACAAACACCUUUAUGUCUUCGACCUCGAGACCCGGACUUGGUCCAUUUCUCCAGCCACCGGAGACGUUCCAAACCUCUCUUGCUUAGGCGUCCGUAUGGUGUCAAUUGGAUCAAACCUCUAUGUCUUUGGAGGCCGAGACGCUUCACGCAAAUACAACGGCUUCUACUCGUUUGAUACGAUCAAGAACGAGUGGAAACUGCUAACUCCGGUCGAACAAGGGCCCACUCCUCGUAGCUUCCACUCGAUGACAGCGGAUGAGAACAACGUUUACGUUUUCGGUGGAGUGAGUGCUACGGUUCGGCUCAAGACACUAGACGCUUACAACAUCGUUGAUCACAAGUGGGUGCAGUGUUCGACCCCGGGAGGUUCCUUUAGCAUAAGAGGAGGAGCCGGGCUCGAAGUGGUACAAGGGAAGGUAUGGGUUGUGUAUGGAUUCAACGGAUGUGAAGUAGAUGAUGUACAUUGCUACGAUCCUGUUCAAGACAAGUGGACACAAGUGGAAACGUUCGGUGAGAAGCCGUGUGCGAGAAGUGUGUUUGCUAGUGCGGUUGUUGGGAAACAUAUUUUGAUAUUUGGAGGUGAGAUAGCGAUGGACCCACAAGCUCACGUAGGUCCGGGUCAAUUGAGUGGUGGAACUUUUGCGUUGGAUACAGAGACGUUGAAGUGGGAGAAGCUGGAUAAGUUUGGUGAAGAGGAAGAGACUCCGAGUAUCAGAGGAUGGUCUGCGUCCACGACUGGGACCAUUGAUGGUAAGAAAGGACUGGUGAUGCUUGGUGGGAAAGCUCAAACUAAUGAUCGGUUUGGUGAUCUCUUCUUUUAUGGAGUUGACUCUGCAUAGACGCUGUUCGUUGAUGAUGCGUGUUUGUCAAUAUGUGUGUGUGUGAUGCAAUAAGGGAGGGUCGUGAAUAGUGUGAUACCAUAUGAUCCUUCAACAGCUUGUCCGUUUUUUUUUUUUUUUUUUUUCUGUACGUUUGUUUAUGUUUCGUGUGUUUAUCAAUAAAUUGCUUAUUUUCUC